CUGAAAAGGUGGCGGACUAAAUUUCAGACUGAUUCAUUAGUACACCAAAUUUUCCUCUCAAAACACAGACACCAAAAAUAGAAGAAACUAAAGAAUGAGUUUCUUAACAAAACCUGCAGAUACAUUAGCAUCUGUAAACCUCAAAUCAAUCAAUCAUUUACCCAUUUCAAAACCCACCUUUUCUUAUUUUCUGUACCCCAAAACCCCAAUCAAUGUGAUUGUAACAAUACCCAGAUGUACCUUAUCUACACAUGCUUUUUUGAGCCCUGAUUCUGCCGUAUUUCAGGAUGUUGGAGCUACCGCCUUUGUUCUUGGUGGUGGUUAUGCUCUUGUUUCAACUUUCGAUCACCUUACAAAUCGUAAUAUCAUUUCCAAGAAUUCGGAACUAGUUAGCUUUAUUAGUACCCAAUUUGUUUUCGCUGGCGCUAAGAUUGACGCAUUCAUGGAGUAUGAGGAUAACUUCUUUGUUAUUAGGAAUUUGAGCCGAAAGCUAGUCCAUAUAAUAUCCGGGUUGCUUUUUGUGGCUUCCUGGCCGCUAUUUAGCACUUCAAUACAAGCUCGGUAUUUUGCGUCUGUUGCACCGCUUACAAACUGUUUGAGACUAGUCGUCCAUGGGCUGUCGCUCGCAACAGACGAUAGCCUCAUCAAAUCUGUUACUCGAGAAGGAAAACCAGAGGAACUACUCCGAGGUCCUUUGUACUAUGUUCUAAUUUUAGCAUUGUGUGCUAUUGUCUUUUGGCGUGAUUCUCCGAUUGGCUUGUUAUCGGUGGCAAUGAUGUCUGGUGGUGACGGCGUAGCUGAUAUCAUUGGAAGAAAGUUCGGCACUUUGAAGAUACCUUAUAAUCCGAAAAAGAGUUGGGCUGGUAGCAUUUCGAUGUUUUCAUUCGGGUUCUUGGUAUCCAUUGGGAUGCUUUACUACUUUUCGACUUUAGGUUACUUCCAGUUGGACUGGAGUAUCACUGCGAAAAGGGUUGCAAUAGUUUCGUUUAUAGCAACACUCGUUGAAUCACUUCCAAUAGCAGAACUCAUCGACGAUAACAUAUCAGUCCCGUUGAUGACCCUGGCUACCGCGUGCAUCCUUUUUAGUUUGUAGCUUUUCGAACUUCUGUGAUAAUUUCACCAUUUCUUUCUUUUUGGGGAGAAAUAAAAUGUUCGUGAGAAUUGUUUAUGAAUGAAUUGUGUACAUUUUCGACAAUUACUAAAUAUAUUUCGAAUUGUACAAAGUUGUGCGGAAAGUCGACUUUUUUUCCUUGGCUUGAGUUAGACCAUGGUGGUGGUGGAAAGAAGUGCUAGGAAGAUGAUGGCGACCAAAUGGAACCAAUGGAACGACUUUGAUGUUUCGGUCCACCUACUGUAUCGUGAUCAAUCUUUGCGACGAUGGAGAGGAGCAUGAGGCCAAUGGAAGGUCCAAGGUCCUCUAGAGCUCGUUUUUCACUAUUAAUUACCGACAAGUUAAAGGAAGCGUUCAAAUCUCUUUUUUUAUAGCCAAGUAUUCAAAAUCCUUCAAACACUUGAUAAUGCAUUAGCGGCAGAAAAAAUAUAUCUCACAAUUUUAUUAUUAUAAAUGAAAUUAAUACUCUUACAACGCACAUCUCUAAUAAUUUUUUUGGUAUAUUUGUGGAAUUGGGAAUAUAGUAUUUUGAUUAUUAAU